UUUCUCUUCCAUCCCCUGGCUGGAGAACGUCCCGGCGCCUCUCACCGAGGUCAGGAACCAGCGGCAGGGGUGGGGCUGCUUCCUCCUCUCUCUUAAGCUCCUCUGAAGUCACAGACAAUGAACCGGCCCAAGAGCUGGGUCUCUGAUCCUCAGGAAAUGCCGAGGAGGGCCAACUGGAAGAAGCCACAUGGGGGCUUGGACAAAGCAGCCCCUCUUUGCUCACCGUGACCAGAGAAUUCUUGCGUGCGUGUGUGCGUGUGUGUGUGUGUGUGUGUGUGUGUGUUUAACCCAGCAAAGUCACCACUUAAGAUACAUCUCAGGGAAUUUUUACAUCUAGAUUCACCGGUGUAACCACCACCCAGCGGUGAUGUAAACACAUUUCUGACCCCCAGGACGCCUCCUCCUGGGCCCCCCCCCCCGGGGGUUGCGUCUUGCCUUCAUUUUCAGGCAGGCGCUGCUGUAGUCCCCCCCACCUCCCGCGAGGCAGGGGCACGUCUUUUGCAGGCAAAGAACCUGAGCUCCCAGAGAAGCGUCACCACCCUCACCACCACCACCACCAAGAACAAAACCGCAGCUUCCCCAGGCCGAGGGAGGCUUUAGGGAAAUUCUUGGCAGGAAAUCAGAGGAGACCUCGUCCCGUCUGCCAGGCCCUGGCUCGGCUGGUUCGUUCUCGCAGACGUGGAGGAAAAGAUUCCUACCGUGAAGUCAUCAGCCCGCAGGGCUUCCCCACGAAGUCCCUCUUAUUUUCGGCUCCAGGUGACGGUGGGUAACAAUCCGCCCUUUGCCCACGCUGGUUUCUCUAGCCUCUGCUGGUGAGGUUUCUGUCUCGUUCCAGAAGCCCAAGCGGGGCCGAGCGCGCGGCCGCCCGCGCCAAGGAUGGGCGGACGCCCGGGGUCCCCUCUUGGGCUGUGUCUGGUCCACGAUUCCGGGGGUGGUGCAGACACCAGAGCCCAAAGCCGCAACUGAACUUGGCGAGAGGGAAGACAAUAGCAAAUGGACAAGCGAUCGACCCCACUCCCUACCCACUCCCCGCUCCAGCAGCAAGCACGGGUGCUCCCAAGAGCCUCCCUCCUGGCAAGCCAAGCAUUACCCCCAUUUGGAGGAGGAGGAAACUGAGGCUCAGAAGCUCAUACAGAUGAGGGCUUCCUAGGUGCCCGGUGUUUAAUAAUUAGACACGACUCCCUUUCAUUGAAGACAAGGAUUCGGAGGAGGAACCUGCUCGCCCGAGACCACACGGCUGCAGUCGCCAAGGGCUGGCUCUGGGACUCAACGUCAGCUGAGUCGGGCUCCGGAGCACAUAGCCAGUGUCUCUGCCCUCUGGCCGGUCUUUUCUCUCGGUCUCUGCUGCUUUGGGGGCACAGCCCAGACGGACACCGCGGUCCCUUCGGGGCAGGCGCCAGGGCGGAGAAGGCACAGGACACUGAGGUUUCCCUCUUGCCCCCCUCCCCAGGGGACCCCCGAGCAAAGCGAGCGCAAAACUAAAGGCAAAACUAAAGGCAAAAGAUUCCUGCCUCUGCUGACAUCCGACUCUCCGUGCCAGCUCAGGUCAUGGGAUGGAUGGAGCUCGCGUCGGGCCCCGAGCGGACAGCUCACAUCGGGAUUCUCUCUCCCUCUCGCUCUGCUCCAGCCUGCUCCUUCUCGGCGCUCGCUCGCUCUCUCAAAAUCAAUAACUAAACUUAAAAAAAAAAAAAAAUCAGAGUCACACCAAGGUAGGUAUGACUGUGGUUCAAGCGUCCAGGCUGAGAGUGGGGACGGAUGGCCCAGUUCUCCUGCCCGACACCCGUCCUGACCCGCGGGGACAGAUACCAGAGCUCUCGGCCACCUGUGGAUGUCCCGCCAGGCGUCUGUCUUUGUCACACACACACACACACGCACACCCUCCCAGAAGGCAGGCCCUGCCGGACGCCCCCAUGUUACAGAUGAGGACACAGACUAGAACGCGUUUAAGGAUUUGCCAGGGGAGGGGUGUCUGGGGCCGGAGGCCCAACAGGGGACACAGCUCAGCCCUGCGCCUCCCCCAGCAUCUGGCCGCUGAGAGUGGGCGUGUGCUGUGUGCAGACAGGCCUCCUGGCGGGCUCUCCCCGCCUCCUCCAGCUCAUAGAGACACAGCCACACGCGCCUGCUGCGGCCGCCUGCCCCAGAGCUCCCGCCUGCCCGUGGAGAUGCCUGCCCCUGUCCUGGCGUUGGUGAGAGGCCAGGCGCUGCCGGCCUUCCUGCUCUGCAGCACACUGCUGGUCAUCAAGAUGUACGUGGUGGCCAUCAUCACGGGCCAAGUGAGGCUUCGGAAGAAGGCUUUUGCCAACCCCGAGGAUGCCCUGAGACACGGAGGCCUCCAGUACUGCCGGAGUGACCAGGACGUAGAUCGCUGCCUCAGAGCCCACCGGAAUGACAUGGAGACCAUCUACCCCUUCCUGUUCCUGGGCCUCGUUUACUCCUUCCUGGGGCCUGACCCCUUCAUCGCCCGGAUGCACUUUCUCGUCUUCUUCCUGGGCCGCGUGGUGCACACCGUGGCCUAUCUGGGCAAGCUUCGGGCACCCACCCGCUCCCUGGCCUACACCCUGGCCCAGCUCCCCUGCGCCUCCAUGGCCUUCCAGAUCGUCUGGGAAGCUGCCUGCCACCUGUGACCAGCAGCCGACAACUGCUCAGCCAGCAGACCGCUGGCCGCGAGCCCCCGUGACUGUACCCGGAGGGCGCCGGGCGGCCCUUGGGGAUUGUGCUCGGCCCAGGGACCCGGUUUCUUGGCAACCCACCGAGCGCGGGAUCCUGGGCACCGCGGGCCUGUGCGUGUUUGCCCAUGUGUGUGCACGCGUGUGGGCGGGCGUGCCUCUCGGACUUCUGGGUGGAGUGGCUGCCCGGACCGUGCGGAGAUGGUUUCUCAAGACUGACAGAAAAAUCCUCCCACUCGAGCACCAGCGCAUUAAAAGCCAUGUUCCUUCUCCGUCC